CGGUCGGCGCCGCCGCGUGCAGUGCAGGCCCCCCCUGAGACAGCGCCAUGUGCUCCCUCGCAGCCACGCGCUCCAUCCAGCUCAUUAAUCAAACAACACCUUUCAAUCCAACAGCUGCAACCAAACAGUGCUGCUUCUGGCUAGCUAGCUAGACGUUGGGAGACGACGACGACGACGAGACAGACAUUGGCUGGAAUCCCAGUUCCCACCGACCCGUCCAUGGUUGGUUCCGUCCAGCAACCACACCCACGCCUCAUGCGCGAAUCAGGUUCGGCGGAAUCGCGAUCUCCAAAUUCUCGAUCCGCCGCUGCCUGCCUGCGGAUAUCUCUAGGCGUCCUGCUCCUGCCCUGCUCCACCACCACCUCCUGAAUUAUUCGUUCGCUAUAAUUAGUACCACCAGUAUAUCCAUCAGUUGGGAUCAUCCUUCGUCUUCCUCCUCGGGUCCAUCCACAGCCUCAAGUCUGAACGGACGACUCCGAAGCUUACUUACCAGCGAAGCGAGCCCCAUUUGUUGACGAUCCUCUGCUCCCAACAAGUCUCCACGCCCGCUUCUUGUGCGGGUGCGGUGGUUUCUUCUCGCUGCUGCUGCUGCUGGCGGCGCCCAAUCGAAGGCGUGUCUCCGGAAUUUCUCAGUCAGCCUCUGGUGAUUGAGGUCUACUACUUGCUCAAGAUUGCGGCUCCAGGACAAAGAUGAGGUCUUUUCCCCAUCUGCUGCUGAUCCUGGUGCUACUCUUGAUCCUGGAGAAUGUCCGAGCGCAACCCAACAGACCACUUCUGAUCAACUGCGGCUCGGGUUCAAGCGCCGAUGUCGAUGGCAGGACAUGGGUGGGGGACGCCCGUCCUGACGGUACCGACUUCACGGUCACAUUGCCCGGAGUCAUUGUCCCAGCUCCAAAACCUGACGGAGGGGGAGGAGAUGCGUACGGGGACCUCUACAGGACUGCUCGCGUCUUCAACGCGUCGUCCACCUACAACCUCAGCGUCGCCGCCGGGAGCUACUUCCUCCGGCUCCAUUUCAGCCAGCUCUUCAGCAACCUCAGCAGUGGCAAGGAGUCGGUCUUCGAUGUCACGGCCAAUGGCCUGAGGCUGCUCUCCAAGUUCAGUGUCCCCGGGGAAAUCUUCUGGAGGAACGCGAGGAGCAACUCCACCAGCGAUGUCAUUGUGAAGGAGUACCUGCUCAAUGUCACCUCUGCAAAGCUGGAGGUCGAAUUUGCGCCGGAUGCCGGGUCGUUUGCCUUCAUCAAUGCCAUGGAGGUUGUGCCUGUGCCCGGCAACUCGAUCUUCGAUUCGGUCAACAAGGUGGGUGGUGUUGGGGUGAAGGGCCCUUUCAACCUUGGAGAGAGUGGGAUUGAGACCAUGUAUAGGGUGUGUGUGGGAGGUGGCAAGAUUGAGAGGAAGGAGGACCCGCGCCUCUGGAGGAAGUGGGAUUCAGAUGAGCAUUACAUAUUCGCUAUGAAUGCUGCUCGCAGUAUCAAGAAUACAUCCAACAUAAGCUAUGUGUCAAGUGAUGAUUCGGUUUCUGCGCCGCUGAGGCUCUAUGAGACGGCCAGGGUAAUGGAGGAGACUUCUGUGGUGGAUAAGAAGUUCAAUGUGUCUUGGAGGUUCAGUAUAGACCCUGGCUUUGAUUACUUGGUUAGGCUGCAUUUCUGUGAGCUGCAGUAUGAGGAAGCAGAGCAGCGCAAGUUCAAGAUCUACAUCAACAGCAAGACUGCUGCAGAGAACUAUGAUGUGUUUGCAAAGGCUGGGGGCAAGAACAAGGCGUUUCAUGAGGACUUCCUUGAUGCUGCCUUGUCGGAAACGGACACCCUUUGGGUUCAGUUGGGUUCCGAGUCCUCUGCGACAAGCUCUGCAGCUAGUGAGGCACUUUUGAAUGGCAUGGAAAUCUUUAAGGUCAGCCGCAAUGGAAAUCUUGGCCAUCCAACAAUUAGAAUUGGGGGUAUGAGUGGUGGCUUGGAUAAACCAAAGCGGAGCCCCAAGUGGGUACUGAUCGGUGCUGCUGUGGGUUUGGUGAUUUUUAUCUCAGUUGCUGCUGCUGUUUAUUUCUGCUUUUAUCUGCAUCGGAAGAAAAACACUUCAGUGAAGAAAACAAAGGACAACCUGCCAGCUACACCAAUGGCUACUAAUGCUCGCUCCUCCCCCACUCUUCGCACAACUGGAACAUUUGGUAGCUGCAGGAUGGGUAGGCAGUUCAGUAUUGCAGAAAUCAAAACAGCCACCAUGAACUUUGAGGAGUCCUUGGUGAUUGGAGUUGGAGGAUUUGGCAAGGUCUACAAGGGUGAAACUGAAGAUGGCACUCCAGUGGCAAUUAAGAGGGGUCAUGCACAAUCUCAGCAGGGUGUGAAGGAAUUUGAAACUGAGAUUGAGAUGCUCUCAAGGCUGCGACACCGGCACCUUGUGUCCUUGAUUGGCUACUGUGAUGAACAAAAUGAGAUGAUCUUAGUUUAUGAGCACAUGGCAAAUGGCACAUUGAGAAGCCACCUUUAUGGAAGUGACCUUCCUGCUCUUACAUGGAAGCAAAGGCUUGAAAUCUGCAUUGGUGCGGCAAGGGGGCUUCACUACCUUCACACUGGACUUGAGAGGGGCGUAAUUCACAGGGAUGUCAAGACCACCAAUAUUUUGCUAGAUGACAACUUUGUCGCGAAGAUGGCAGAUUUUGGCAUCUCAAAAGAUGGCCCGCCUUUGGAUCACACCCAUGUGAGUACUGCUGUCAAAGGGAGUUUUGGUUACCUUGAUCCAGAGUACUUUAUGAGACAACAGUUAACUCAGAGUUCAGAUGUGUACUCUUUUGGUGUUGUCCUGUUUGAAGUGCUUUGUGCUCGACCAGUCAUCAAUCCAACCUUACCAAGGGAUCAGAUAAACCUUCCUGAGUGGGCAUUGAAGUGGAAAAAGCAGAACUUACUUGAGACCAUAAUUGACCCUCGAUUAGAGGGAAAUUACACACUGGAGUCCAUCAAGCAAUUCAGUGAGAUAGCAGAAAAAUGCCUUGCAGAUGAGGGGAGGAACCGUCCUUCAAUUGGUGAAGUCCUGUGGCACCUAGAGAGUGCUUUGCAGUUGCACCAAGGGCAUCUGCAAAGUUCAACUGCUGAUGAUCUAUCAGGGCAUGAAUUGAAGCUCUCUGAUGCAUCUGCUAAUAUCAGGCGCAUCAAAGAGGUAGAAGAAUCCACUCAUACAAUCUGUGAAGAUGCAGAUGGGGAAGCAGUUGAAGUCAAAGUUGAGGUACCAGAGACUGUUUGAAUAGGGUGAGUGUCCAAUUAAUGACAUGCUCAGCUGCACAGCUAUCUGCAGUACUGUAAACACCAUGUAUGGUUGCCCCAACAAUAUACUGAAAUCCUUUUAGUUCAGUGGGGUUGAUUCUUUCUUUUUCUUUCUGUUUGUUCUUUGCGCUGAUGUAGAACGUGCUAAAUGAUACCAAUUUGAUUGAUUCUUUCAUAA